GAAUACGGCACAUGCAACUUGCGGCAGUGCCACAAGAAUGCAAGAAAUUUUCUUUGGUGUUGCUCACUUCCUCAACUGUGGUUUCUCAAGACAGUGCUGCAUUGUUGCGAGUGGAAUAUUCAAUCAUGUUUUUAUACGUAGAAAUGAUGAAUGCUGAUGGUGUUGGAAAAAUAGCUAAUACCUUAUCAUGGCAGAGGCUGAUAAACUGUUAUCAAGGGGGUGUUGUAGCGCUCUUUGUGCCCACUUUUUUUCGUCUGUCCUUGUUUUUGGCACUUUGAAGUUGUACCAUGAGAUAGCUGUGUGCUUAAACCUAGGGACCUGCUAAAGAACGUCAUGUGGUCAAAACUAAUCUGGUGUCCACCACUGCAGUAAGCCUCAUAAUCGCAUCAUGGCUUUCCUGCACAAAACUCCAGGAUUUGGUUCUCACGUACAGGUACAUCAGAUGAGCACAGCUUGGAUUUGGCAUUUAAAGGGCUAAGCCAAGGGGUUCUAUGUCAUUUGCACCAAUUGUAUCUUUUAAGUGCAAACAAUGUCGAUGUGAAGGCAGUGAUUAGCACGGAUAAUGAGUGUACUUGAAAAGUUAACAUAGGGUGUGUUAAACGUGCGACUUUUAAUAAAAAAUCUGGGCACAAUGUGUUCUCUUGAGAAACCUUGUCCUCAUAGAGCUCAUUGUGGCAUAUUAGUCCGCCCUGCAGGGUGUGAAUUCUUUAUCAUGUCAUCUGUCGUCCGCAAUGGUGGAGCAGUGGUUGUGGUGCUCAGCUGCUGAACCGAAGGUCGCAGGUUCGAUUCCAGCCGUGAUGGUCGCAUUUUGAUGGAGGAGGAAUGCUAGAGGCCUAUGUAUUAUGCGAUGUCAGGGCACGUUAAAGAACACCAAGUGGUCGAAAUUUUCAGAGCCCUCCACUACGGCGUCCCUCAUAAUCAUAUCUUGGUUUUGGGACGUAAAACGCCAGAUAUUAUUAUUAUCAUGUCAUCUGUCAACACAGGCGUGUUGCACAGGUUUGUGUUAAACCGUUUCUGGUUUACCAGAUUUCUUGUGCCCAUUCAGAUUGACCUUUUUCAUGACCCUCAUCUCCAAUUUCCCAGUACAAUUAAAGGAGUACUGACACGAAUUUUAAAUAUGUUUGGAUAGUUGCUCUAGAUAAAAACACUGGUGUUGAGAACCCUAAAAAAGAGUGUCCUAGUGCUUGCAUUGCAUUUAUUUUUAAUACCGCUACCUUAACGAAACAGCUCCCAUUUCGAUAUCACGAGCAUGGUUUCACGGUGAUGUGUAAACACAGUCUGACGUCACGGGCAGACAGCAACCUGCGACGUACUAGCAGCAGCUCUCUCAUCUGCUGUCAGUUGCAUGUGGUGCACAUAAACAAAUGAUGAGUGAAUUGUCGUCCAGCGACUUCGGCAGCGAUUUUUGUGAUUUAGGCAGCAUGCAUAGGCAGUGUUCGCAAACGUAGUGAACUGUGUUGACUCGUCAUGAUGAUGUCCAUUGUGGUAGGGCUGGCUUGCAGAUGGUGUGCGAUGAAAAAUUUAAAGGGGCACUAAAGAAAAAAAACGAUUUUUCUCGUAUUAGUAAGUUACUCUAUUACGAUACCAAAAACACCGCGCUUGCCAUGAGAAGAUGCUUGCUAAGUGAGAAAACAUGUAAAAGGAGAGUGCAGGUGGUGUUGCCACCUUGAAGUUCCUGCACCAGUUGCCAUGACAUCAUAGAAUUUGAUGGAACCUACUAGAGCCUAUGUAGUUCCUAAUGGUUAAUAAUGAAUUCCUAAUCAUUAAUAAUGAAGUACAUUGUCUUCUCACGGAGCCAGAGACUUAAAAUACCAAGUUUCAGAAAAUUUCGUUGAGGCAAUGUGACCAAAAUAUUAAAAAAUGCUUUGAAAUCUGUGACGUCACCGUCGGAGAUUUCGGUGAGAUAUUUAAAAGUAAAACAUUUGACAUUGAGUUUCUCAUCUAUUAAUGAAGCUAUGGUGGUGAAAUUAAUGACACUACAGUUUUCAGGGUAUAAUUUAUCAGUCCAAACUAAUUCAUUGUUUCACUUUAGUGUCCCUUUAAAGUCAAAGUAAAAAUAUUUUGUGCACUUUGUCUGGCCCUGGUGUGUCGACAGCAUUAACACUGCACGCCAAUCCAAUGAACAAUGUCUCUUUUGCGAUGUCUCAAAACCGUGUCAGUACUCCUUUAAUGCAGCAUUCCUCUCAACAGUCUCUGCAACUACAUGCUCCAUGUAUAAUAAUAGCGGGCCAACAUGCCUUAUCUUUCUACAGACUCUAAUGCAUCGCAAUCUUUGGAGACCCUGCCAGCAGCCGAUCUCUGGCGCUGUGUGGACGUUGAUGAUCCGACUGAAGGGGCUCAGGCUGCACAGGUGCACUCUCCUAUGCAGGAAGAACCAGCGGCCAAUGCAAGCCACCGCAGAGGUGCAGUGAACUCUUCAAUGCGUCCGUACCAGUGCAUGUACUGUCCACUGGGAUUCAAUGUUGAGUCUGACCUGGCCCGACACGAACGCACACACACAGGAGAGCGACCCUUUCGCUGCGAGCAGUGCUUAAUGACUUUUAUUCGCAAGGACCACCUGGGAGUCCACAUGCGUCGCCACACGGGUGAACGGCCCUUCAAGUGUGGCUCCUGCACCAGGACUUUCACCAGGACAGACAGCCUACGCCGGCACAUCAAGAUGUGCCACCCUUGAGACAUUGCCUCCUUUCGUGCACCACGAUGUUCGAAAUAAAAAAAAAUUCAGGAGCCCUUUCUCUGUUGGGAACAUGGGGG